UAAAAGCGGAAGUUACGCAGGAACUCGCGAGCGCAGGGGCGGCACUGGAAGGAUAUAGGCUGCUGAAGGAAGGGGGCGGGCAGACGGCAUUGGCAGGCGCCGGAAGUGGUCGCGCAGAGGAAGGGUGGGAGAGGGUUUGCCGAGGCAGUUUGCUUGGCUGUAUGUAGCUGGGCGCCUCUUGAAGGCGCACUCUCGCUCCUUUCCGAGUGCCUAGCACAGUCUCCCCCGCUUCAGCCAAACAUGGACUUCAGGGAAAUACUCCUGAUAGCUUCCAAAGGACAAGGUGUCAACAGUGUGCCGAAAAGGUAUAGUUUGGCAGUGGGGCCUCCAAAAAAAGACCCAAAAGUUAAAGGUGUCCAAUCAGCAGCUGUACAAGCAUUUCUUAAAAGGAAACAAGAGGAACUCAGACGAAAAGCCUUAGAGGAGAAAAGGAGAAAAGAAGAACUAGUGAAAAAGCGAAUUGAGCUCAAACAUGACAAGAAAGCAAGAGCUAUGGCCAAGAGGACAAAGGAUAAUUUCCAUGGUUAUGAUGGAAUUCCUAUUGAGGAAAAGUCAAAGAAGAGGCAGGCAAUGGAAAGCCACACCAGCCAGGGAACAGACCAAGAGUAUGAGAUGGAAGAAGAGGAUGAAUCCUUUGAGUACAAUCAAGCAGAGUAUGAGCAGGAGUAUGAGGAAGAGGAAGAACCUCCCAAAGUUGAAAGCAAACCAAAGGUCUCCCUUAAAAGUGCCCCACCACCCAUGAACUUCACUGAUCUACUCAGGCUGGCUGAGAAAAAGCAAUUUGAACCAGUGGAGAUCAAGGUAGUGAAGAAAUCAGAAGAGCGGCCUAUGACUGCAGAAGAACUUAGGGAGCGAGAAUUCCUUGAACGAAAGCGUAGGAAAAAGAAGCCUGAGACAGAUGUAAAACUACCUCCAACUGUGUCCAAAAAGGCACCCUCUCAGAAAGAAAGCACGGGCACAAAACUCAGCAAAGUUUAUGAAGACAGGCAUCCUUCUUCCAAGGGAAUGCCCCUUCCUCAUGCUGAGAAGAAAUCCAGAGCCAGCAUGGCCAAUGAGAAACACUCAGCUUUGUCUUUAUCCAAAUGCAUGCCAGGAGAGAGGACCAAGGCAGGCUCUGGCAAUAUUUCCCAACCCUCACUUCGCGAGGGCCAUAACAGACCUGUUUUGAAUGGGGCUGGAAAGCCCCAUUCCAGUACCUAUUCACCAAGUGUCCCAAAGACUUCUGCUAGUGGGACUCAGAAAUGUGUUACUGAGCACAAAGCCAAAAAGUCUCCUUCCCAUCCUAACCAUUCCAGGCCUGGGCCUAUGGUCACUCCACACAAUAAGGCUAAGAGUGCAGGUGUCAGGCAGCCAGGCAGCAGCUCCAACUCAGCCCCUGGUCGGCCCAGCAUAGCAACUGCUCGACCCACAGUUAAUUCUGGCCCUGCACCCAGGCGGCAGAAUGGCAGCUCCAGCUCAGGACCUGAGCGAUCCAUCAGUGGGACCAAGAAGCCAUCCAGCGACUCGAAUCCCUCUGGACGAGCAGUCAGUGGUGCUAGUGGCCCUGGACGACCAAUAAACAGCUCGAGUGGCCCUGGGCGACCCAUUGGUGGCUCAGGUAGUUCUAUGAGACCUGCGGGCAGCUCUAGAGGCCCUGGGAGGCCUGCGAGCAGUCCACAUGACCUUCGACGACCAGUGAGUGGCUCAGGCCCCCUUGGGCGGUCAGUCAGUGGCCCUGGGCGAUCCAUAAGUGGGUCAGUUCCAGCUGGAAGGACUGUCAGUAGUUCAGGCCCUGGAAGACCAAUGAGCAGCUUGGGACCUGGGCGAACAAUUAGUAGCUCAGGUCCCCUCAUAAAGCCCAAAUGCACUGUUGUCUCAGAAACAAUUUCUUCCAAGAAUAUCAUUAGCCGGUCUAGCAAUGGACAGAUGAAUGGAAUGAAGCCUCCCUUAUCUGGCUACAGAUCUGCCCAAGGUCCUCAAAGGCCUGCCUUCCCCAUUGGUUACAAAAGGCAUCGAGAAUAUGAAGAGGAAGAAGAUGAUGAUGAAUAUGACUCAGAAAUGGAAGAUUUUAUUGAAGAUGAAGGAGAAUCUCAGGAAGAAAUAUCUAAGCACAUUCGAGAAAUCUUCGGCUAUGACCGAAAAAAAUACAAAGAUGAAAGUGAUUAUGCCUUACGUUACAUGGAAAGUAGUUGGAAAGAGCAGCAGAAGGAAGAAGCAAAGAGCUUAAGACUAGGUAUGCAAGAGGACUUAGAGGAAAUGAGACGUGAAGAAGAAGAAAUGCGACGUCGAAAGGUCAAGAAGCUCAAGAGGCGUUAGAUGCUGCUUUUAUUUUUGUGAACUUCCAGAGAUGAUGUACUGCAAGAAUUUCCAGUCUUCAGGCUUGAAGAUGCCCCCUUAUCAUUUUAGAUUUAUACUUGGGUACUGAAGGAAAAGGAAUGCAUAUUGUUGUUUGCAGGCUGUCAUUUGAGCAUAAAGUAUUUUCAAAUAUUUUCCAGGGUGCAAUCUGUAAUGCAGAUGAUACAAUGCCCCACUGUGUGCUCUUAUGAAGUUAACUGUUCACAGAUGCCAGCCUUGAUCCUGAUGAGCUAUGCACUCUAAUAUGGGGCCGCUCACCAGUCAACCAAUCUUUUGUUGUUCCUUUGCUACUUUGAAAGGAGAAAAAAGAUUGUUCCUUGACUUCUAUAAUUUUUCUGAUAUGUGAGUAGGGCACUGCCCAACUCCCAAUCAAACUUACUGUCUUUUUAUGAGGAACCUGGCCCUCCCAUGAAUGUAGCCAGCAAAAAAGUGACUUGUCCUAAUCUGUGAUUGGAUUGAGAACUUAAAAAUGUAGAGUAGGCUUUAUAAUUAUCAUGUGGAUGCCAUCCCUGUGACUUUGAAGUACAAAGUAGAAUAAAUUCUAUAUUAUUCAUGGAUUGGA